AUGGCUUCGACCCCAGGUCAACAACCCUCCUCGACCGCCCCGUCCACCCCGUCUACACCCGUCUCCAGCUCCUACCUGAUCAUCGGCGCCGGCUGCUUUGGGGCAUCGACCGCACUACACCUCGCACGCUCUGAACCAGGGGCCCGGAUCACUCUGCUUGACCGCACGCCUUUUCCCUGCCCGUCUGCCGCGGCUCAUGAUCUGAACAAGAUCAUUCGCUCAGAGUAUACGGAUGAGUUUUAUAUGCGCCUCGCCCUAGAGGCUAUACGCGCAUGGAAGUCUGAUCCUAUCUUUAGCCCCUAUUUUCAGCAGACAGGCAUCCUUUUCGCCACAACACAAGAGCACGCGAGCAAGAUCGUGGAGAACUAUACCAGUGUAGCUGCUGAGAAAGCCGACUCAAUGGCCUCCGUGCCCGUUGAAACCAUUGAACCUGAGGUGGCCCGAGGGCGGUUUGGGGGCAUUUUCAGGGAUACAGACUGGGACGGAGUCGAGACAUGUCUGUGGAACGCGGAGGCCGGGUGGGGGGACGCAGAGAAUGCGUUGCGGAACGUGAUUAGUUCUGCCAUCGCCCUAGGUGUGAAAUUCCUCCCCCUUGCUGUCGAUAGGCUGUUGUUCGAUCAGACUGGUGGCUGCCUCGGUGCGAGAACCGUUACUGGCGUUGAUCUACACGCAGAGCACAUCAUCCUCUGUACGGGGGCUGGUACCGCCAAACUACUGGCAGAUAGCGCACCGGGUAGCCCUAGGCUGCAGGUUGGUGGCAGGCUGACUGCCGCUGCCGCUGUUAUGUGUGCUUAUCGAGUUCCUGCGGAUCAGAUGGCCAAGUUUGGAUCUGCUCCAAUCGUGGUAAAGGCCGUUGGAGACACCCCUGGGGAGAGCAUUCCGCCUGGAAAGGCAGGGCUGCUUAAAUGCACUCACGAACUAAGCUUUACAAACACGGUCUACCACGGAGGUCUGGGCGACAAUAUUUCCAUUCCGCCGGAGGAUCCGCUCCAUAGCACCUGGAGCCAUGAUGUACCGUCGCAGCUGAAGAUCGAGACUGAGCGUGUCAGGGCUAUGUUGUAUGGCAAAUAUCUGACCAGCCUUGUCCCGGAGUUCUAUAGGAUGUGUUGGUAG